CUACAGUCAAACAUUGUACUCCAGCAGGCUGGAACAAGUGGGACCAACCUGCCAUCAUACUGUACUAUUACCAAAAGAAAAAAACAGUUCAAAUCAAGUAUCAGAAGCUAAACAGGAAAUAGCCUACGCCACAAACGUGAUUUAAGUUAUUUCUAGAUAUUAUUCAGUAUAACUGGGGGACGUUUUUUUUUUUAAAGACAACAGGAGAAAUCGGGUCUGUUCUGCUCCAGUACACCGCGUUUUUCUUUUCGUCUUUGUACAAAGGAGGAUCUGUCCGCUCUGCUGCAGGUAGAUAACUGCGCCCAGUUUCAUUUUUGACAAGGUGAGGCGGAAGCAACAUGGUACAUUCGUGAGGAAUCAACCUGCUCGGUGUUUUCCGUUUUGCUUUGGCCACCUGAAAACAGCUGGAUCAUGGCUGUUCAAGGAGGACGAUAAAUCCACACAGUGAAUGUCGUCCUAAUGAAAUGGACCCAAGCUGAUGCCCUUAAAGUCCCAGCCUGCCCUCACUCGGCCCUGCUGGCCACGGGUAGAGAUGGCAGCGUAUCCGGAUGUGCUGGCCGUCCCUGGUGUUGUGGUUGGGAGUGUUUUACUGCUCGUACUGAGCAGUAAUCCUGUGUGGGGCAAUUAUACCACCCCAGUGAUUGGCACCACUUCUAAUGAGACUAAUGGACCUGACAUUGCAGCUAUCGUGGCCCCUACGGUCACUCUGGGCGUGCUGGCCAUAGUGUUGGCUGUUCUCGCCUGGCUCUUCUGCGUGGUGAAAAAGAAGAGGCAGACCGAAGGGACGUACAGACCCAGUGCUGAGGAACAGUCCGGUGCACACAGCGUGGCGGCACCAGAUGCACUAAAGUUACCAAAGGAGGAAAGACUCAUUUGAGAUGUAGCGCUUUAUGUUCUAACAGGCUGCAAACAGGUGCGUGGCAGCGCUCGUGUGUGACGAGGCUGUCUCCCUUGAGCUGAUCGCUGAAAGAAGAAUCUUUGAAGUUUAAGAGAGGACAGAGUGCCGAGACUGAGGUACCAGAACAUGAUAAUUUACUUACCGCCUCAUUUCAUCUCCUUCCUCUGCUUCAUCUUUCAGUGGAUUUGAAGACCACGACUGAACACUUCAAGCAGGGUCUGAACAUUUCUUCUGCACAGGUGAAACUGGAGUGGCAGUAUUUUAUCACCACUAAUAAUUUUAGUUUCAACACGUUUUUCUUGUUUCAUUUUACUUGAUUUGAUUCAGUCUAUUAUGAGAUACUGUCACUGGCAAAAUCUACACUGAUCCUUUACCUCAAACUACUUUUGUUGUUUUGUUUUCCACAGAGAGUCCAUUGCAUUGAAACUGAUGUUUUGUUUUAGCUAAACACUCUGUGUAAUCAAACAUCUUACCACAAACUUCUUGAUUUUAAGUAACCUGCUGUGCGAUAAAAAUGAAGUUAUACUAUGAAAUCAUACCCUGCAAACACAAACAGUUGUUUACACUUUUAAGUAUUCUUUGAAUGAUCAUACGAAUGUAAAGUUGCAUUAUUUAAAACAUUUCACUUCAUCAGAUCAACCUUGCAGCGCAUAAUGCAUUGCAAUCAAGCAGAGAUGUUUGACAGUUUCACAGCAUAUUUAUUAAUGAUUUGAUCAAAUAAAUAACAGCGUACUUGUAUAAUAGUUGAAUAAUUAAAUGUUACAAAGCAG